AUGGGUGAACCGACGGUUAAUUUCCACGUACAGGUACGACUGCCUCAGUUUAAGAUACCCACGGAACUAAUCAAGAAAAACUUCAAGUCAAUUCAGAAGUUGAUCGAGAAGCAAAAGAAGCAAGUUACAGAUGAGAUCGCAAAGAUUAAUAAGAACCAAGCGUUGCCAACAGCAGUGAAGCUCCAAUUGGUUCGCAAGUUGAUCGCUGGAUUCGAGCAGUUUCGAAAGAAGCUAAGAGAUGCUAUACAGAAGGAUGAGGAAUAUAGGGAGAGACUAAUUGCUAGAAAGGAACACCUCCUCAGGUUGAAUGACUUUGUCAAGAAAGAGGAGCAACAGGGAACUGGAAAUGAUGAUGAAGGCGAACAGCAAGAAAUUACAGAUGAAGGUUCUGCAAAUAAUCUGGCAUCAACAGAAACCGAGAAGGGUGCCAACUCUGCUGCCUUACCAGGAGAACUAGACCUUGGAAACUACUCCCUAAUCAACUGGUACAGAGAGGAGACGAACCUACUCCUUGUGGAUUACCUAAUCAGAUCCAACAUAGGCGAAAGAGCUUCUAAGGAUAAGGGCGACAACUUAGGGAUCACUUUACUAGACUCACUUUCAGCUAAGCACCCAGGCAUAGCUAAGCUAAUCGAUUUCGAUGUCUACGAGGAAUUCAACAAGGUGUAUACCCUGAUUUUCAUAUCACACGAUCUUACUGAUGUGAUCAGCUGGUUUAAUGAGAAUAAGCUACUGCUUAAGAAGAUAAACUCCAACUUGGAGUUUGAAAUUAAGUAUUGUAGAUUGCUAAGCUUAAUUGAAAAGAAUCAGGUAAGCGAAGCUAUACGCUACAGUCAAGAGAAUUUGUCUAUGUACGGAAACAAGGAGAAUUAUAACGAUUUCGAUAUGGCGAAACACCCCACUAACCUCAACAAACUCAAAAGCAUCGGUGGGCUCCUAUUGUAUCUUUCUAUCAAUGAAUCAUCGAACACAUUCUCAUCUAAUUUGGUGAUUAAUUCCAAUGGAUACAAAGAGCAUGAGAAAUUGUUGUCACAUGGACGCUGGGACUCCCUAGCGCAAUGUUUCUUGGACGACUUUAACACAUUGUAUGGCAUUCUGAAAAACUACCCAUUGUUUGUGUAUCUAUCUGCUGGAUUAUCGAGUUUGAAGACUAAAAGUUGUUAUUGCAAUGAGAAGAAUACAGUUUGGAAGAGCAGCAUGGAUUACCAUAAAGACGAAGAAACCACACAGAAUAAUAAUACUAAGAAUCUCCCAACAAGUAAGCGGCUCCGGGGACCUAAUCAAUACUAUUCCUUACUAUCUAAAGUCAACAACUGUCCCGUGUGCUCCCCUGAGCUCUUUGCAUUGAGUAAGAAUUUGCCCUAUGCCCAGUUGAUUACUAAGAUUUUUAACAAUCCCCGCAAGCUCCCAAAUGGGAAUAUAUAUCCGUUUGACAUGUUGAUUCAUCCUGAGCUUCAGCCUGGAAUCCUGCCAGAGACUUUGGAAUCGAGGAAGCAGUUACUUGACGUUGAUAAGAUCAAGGAUCCGUUGACCAACGAAAUAUUCAAUUGUAAGGACUGUGUGAGAGUGUAUCCAGCAUAA